UCGAGACUGGUGUUGAGGAUAAAGCAGGCAGGUGGGCAUAGGAGAUAUGUUGAUGGAGAUCCCAAACUUAUACUAGAUGAGUAGGUGUUGGACUCUGCUGGACAGAUUUUUGCUGAGUAAUCGGGAUUUGUUAUAAGUAUGCACUUGCCAUCAUCAAAUAAUAUGAAGUCUUCAUGUUGAUUGAUCGAUUUAAGUACAUCAGAUAUGAAAGAAUGAUAAAAGUUUUUGGUGUUGGCCGCGGUGCGAAGAAGAAGGAUGACGGAGGCACUGGGGAGGCCGCGUCAUCCGAUGGGCCUUCGGAAGGGAAAAAGCAGCCAGGGGAGAUCAGAAUACAAAAAGAGUUAGACGAAUUGGACGUGCCGCCACAAUGCAAGUUGCAAUUUCCCGACGCGAACAAGAUAAUGUCCUUCGUUUUGGAUUUACGGCCUGACGAGGGUUUCUGGCGCGGCGCUUCGUAUCGCUUCACUUUCAUAAUAUCGCCUCUGUACCCCCACGAAGCGCCCAAAGUGAAGUGCGACACGAAGAUAUACCACCCGAAUAUUGACUUGCAAGGGAACGUGUGCUUAAACAUCCUACGAGAAGAAUGGAAGCCAGUGCUCUCGAUUUCCUCGGUAAUAUACGGAAUACUGCACCUCUUUAGCGAGCCGAAUCCGAACGACCCAUUAAACCACGAAGCGGCGAAAAUGUUGCGAGACGAUCGCUAUGAGUUCGAGCGUCUCGUUACGCGCUCUCUUCGUGGCUUCACUCUUCAAGGCACGCAGUUUCCAAGAUUAGUUUAGCAGAUUCCGCGACUACAGCCUUUGUGUUUGCCAGCUACAGCCUCAUCUUUGUGGCCGGAAGCCAUGACUGCGUAAUUAAGCAGCAGAACACUUGAACAAACUGAAUUGCCCUACUUUUGAUCAUGCCGCCACGAGAUUAUGUGCUCUACGAGACCACUCAUGAAUAAUAGAUGUGAGCUUUUCAUCGCAAAAUGGAAAAUGAACACCAGUUUUUGAACAUCCACGAAGAUGUCGAGAUGACAUUGAGCGAGGACAAAAGAGAAUGGCAUAAGUAAAAAGAUAUGUGUUCAGACAGAGGUAGAAGUUCAGACUUAGUAGAUGGGAGCAAAGGAAAAAAUUGAGCGAGGAAUGAAACAAAAUUGAAUUUUCACAUUUGUCCCCGGAAUGCAAAUCAUGUCCCCGAUAAUACUUUUAGAGUAGUCGUUAUCGUUUCACAAAAUGAGUACAAAUGGUCCCUCGACAAAAUUGAAAUCUCGAUCCUUUACGAUUGUUGAUGCAGAAAUAUCCCAGGCCGAUGGAGGGGGUUCGUUUGCCGCAUUUUUCUCCUCAUCUAGUUUUAAGAAGAUUCAAAGAAGUAUUUCUUGUUUUAGUAAACCUAAGUACUUAGCUCUUCACGCUUUUUAACCGUCAACAUGAUUCGUGUAGAAUCUUUCUCGUGGAUCUGCUUCUUGUAAUACAGUCUUCCUACUCGACUACAUCCGGAAAUUAAGAGUUUUAUUUGCGCGUGUUUUUCUUUGUGUAAUCAGUUGUGAUGCAUGAUGUUUUUGGAAUACUUCACUUAAGAGCUAGUUCGCUAGAGCUUCUAUGUGAUACGGCAACGGCUCCUUUUUAGAUAGUUUAGUUUUCACUAUAACAAGCAGGAAAGGAAGCGAAGCGACCACAUGACAAGGAAAGGAAUAGAAGAAGAGUCAGCUGUGUCAAAAUCCGAAUGCAAAUCCUAGUCAGUUGCCUGGCCUACCAUCUCUCACCGGCACCUUCUGCCUUCUUCAUCGUAGGAAUGAAUUAAUGUGAAUCUUCUUCAUGUUCCUGGUGGGGGCUUCUGCUGAAGAUGUCUUUCUUUUGUUUGUUUCUAU